AUGCAAUCUCAGAUCGCUGCCAAAAAUUCACCGAAUAAACAAUCGGGUCGGCAACAAAUUGAAAUGAUUUUAUCACGUUGUCAUCAACUACACCGUGAGAAACAACAAUCCGAAGCUCUGAUUCAAUCUGAACAAUUAUCAAAUGUAGAUCAACCACUAAAACAACAGAUUAAACGUAUUGUUGUCGAGAAACAUGAACGAGAUGAUUUCGAUCGAAUUAUGGAAGAAGAUCUCGAAAAUCAAUUGAAUGAAUUAAAAUUAGAACGUGAAGAAGAAUUAAAACAUAUUGAACAGAAACAACAACAAAAUCAAUACGAAACAUUAUUGAAACAAAUGAAAAGAUAUGCACAUUUAGAUUUAAUCGAGUCGACGAUGCAAUCAUCGAAUAAACAAAUGAUACUUAUGUCUUUUAAUGAAACAGGUUCAAUACAAUAUUCUAUUCCAAUUGGUCACGAUCUUACAUAUAGAAUGUUUACGAAUAAUACUAUUAUUCUUCGAAUUUUAAAGCAACGGAUAGAUACAAUAAAUAAAACUUUUUUACGUCAUCUACAUCCAUCACCAUCGACAUUGGCUCAAGAUGAUUGUAACAAUCCAAUCUAUGGUCGAUAUUUCAUAUUUAUCAUUGUCGGUCUACUAUUAUUAAUUCUAUUAAAUAUAAUUCCCAUUAUUCGACAAAUUUGUUUUAAAUCUUCUUCAAAAAGAAAUGAAAGAAAUAGGAAUCAUUUUUUAAAUCAUAAUCAUCCUCAUUCAUAUCAAGGUGAAGACUCAAAAAAAUAUUCAGCGAAACAAAAUCAAAUCACAAGUAAAUCAAUUAUUCAAUGUUUUGAUUUUUAA